GACAAACACCAGGACAAACACCAGGACAAACACCAGGACAAACACCAGGACAAACACCAGGACCUUCAAGGACUCCAACACCGACUCCAAGUAAUCCAAAAACUUUACAAGAAGUGAAAAAAUGGAUACAAGACAAAAAUUAUGAUCCGUUAAAAGGCAUAAAUCUGGCCGGAGUAGAUUUGAGAGGCAAAUCCGAUUACGGUAAGGUAUCAGAUUUGGAGAGCCUGACCUCGGCGGAUCAAAAAAACUUAGCCGCCAAAUAUAAAGAUUACGUUCAAAUACCAGCAGCCGGAGACGGCAAUUGUUUUUUGCACUCUUUUUCAGUGCUUUUGACGGGUGAAAGUAGUGUGGAUUUAACUUUACGUUUAAGAGUGGCGAUAUGUUUGGAAAUGUUGGAGCGUGCUGACAUAUAUUUCCAAAGCCAACAUGACGACACCGAAGAAAAACAAAUAGCCGAAGCAAAAAGGAUAAUAAAAGAUGAAUUAAUUCUUAAAAAUGGGGCCUGA